AUGACACCAUUUCAAGCUUUGUAUGGUUAUCUCCCUCCACAUCUUGCUUUCCCUGUCCAUUCUACUACCUCAGUUGUUUCAGUUCAAGAGUACUUGCAAUGGGGAGACCACAUGUUGCAGCUACUAAAAGAGGACUUACUCAAGGCUCAAGACAGGAUGAAAUUUUAUGCUGAUAACUCCAGAUGUGACAGAUCUUUUAAUGUGGGUGACUGGGUGUUUCUGAAAUUACAACCAUACAGGCAAUCAUCUGUUUCCCUCAGAAACAACCUUAAACUCUGGGCAAGAUAUUAUGGUCCAUUUGAAGUCUUACAAAAGGUUGGUACUGUUGCAUACAAGUUAAAGCUAUCAAUUGGAUCCAGAAUACACCCUGCGUUUCAUGUAUCUCAACUGAAGAAAAAGAUUGGUCAGCACAUGAUUCCUUCUACUUCUCUUCCUUUACUGGAUACUUCUGGAGAUUUCAUUGUCCUGCAUGUGGUUGUUCUAGCUUAUAGAGAAAGCUUAAGAUGA